AAAAAGAAUAAACCUCAGAAAUCCAGUCAAAAGACGGGAAAGACCUAACGACAGCAUUGGAAAAAUCAAACUUCCUAGUUACACUACACCAAUGGAAACACAAAGAAGACACAGAAAAAAACAAAGUUACCUGCAACGACUACUGAAUCACUGAUACUAUCAAUCAAACAAACUGCUUUCCACGUUCACUCUAUACUUUAUAUUCUUCUCUGCUCAUCUAUUACACCACUUCUACCCUUAACUUAUUUCCAAAAACCGCGUUUCUCAAGGGGCAUAUUCGUCAUUCAAUUUUCCCACAUCCCACUCCUUCGUUCCAUUUUAGGCUUCUUUUUUCCUCAAUGCAAUUCAUGAUUGAUAAACUUAACGUUCACUAAAAAUGUCUGAAAACGGAGAAGAGAAAUUACUCGCUGUGGCACGGCACAUAGCAAAAACGCUGGGCCACAACAACAAUAACAUGGCUGAUGAUAUUCUCCAAAUAUUCUCAAACUUCGAUGGAAGAUUCUCAAAAGAGAAUCUCUCUGAUAAGGUCGUAGAGACAGAUCCUAGAACCUGCGCCACACUGGAUCACUCCCUCAAAAACCUCGACCGUCGGAUCUCUCUUUACGUCUCAUCUGAUAACCCUAUCUGGGCAGAUUCCGCUGACGCCGGUGCUUUCCUCGACGCUGUAGACGACUUAAUCGCCGCCGUAGCAGAGUGGAGCCACCUCUCCGCCGAUAAAUCCGUCGCCACGUGCCUCGUCCGUGCUGAAGACAUGCUUCAACACGCUAUGUUCCGUCUCGAGGACGAGUUCCGAUCUCUCAUGGAACGCGGCGGCGAGUCGUUCGACCUAACUCAAUCGUACCGGAACAACGAUUCAACUGAAAACUUACCGUUUGACUCGGAAGAAGAUGAAGAAAUCGACGACGAAGCGAGAAACGGAGAAGAGGAGGAUCUGAUUCCGGUAGCGUUGCCGGUAACUGACUACGACAUCGUAAUCGACGCUCUACCGUCGGGGACGAUCAACGACCUUCACGAGAUCGCAAAACGAAUGGUUGCCGGCGGUUUCGGGAAGGAGUGUUCGCACGUGUACAGCAGUUGCCGGAGGGAGUUCUUGGAAGAAAGCCUCUCGAGAUUAGGGUUACAGAAGCUAAGCAUAGAAGAUGUUCACAAAAUGCCAUGGCAAGAUCUAGAAGACGAGAUCGAAAGAUGGAUUAAAGCUUCCAACGUCGCUCUCAAGAUACUUUUCCCCAGCGAACGACGACUCUGCGAUCGCGUCUUCUUCGGAUUCUCAUCAGCCGCAGAUUUCUCUUUCAUGGAGGUUUGCAGAGGUUCUACAGUUCAGCUGUUGAAUUUCGCUGAUGCUGUUGCAAUCGGAAGCCGUUCGCCGGAACGGUUAUUUAAAAUCCUCGAUGUGUUUGAAACAUUGCGUGACCUAAUUUCAGAAUUUGAGUCUUUAUUUUGUGAUCAGUAUAGUGUGUCUUUAAGGAAUGAAGCGAUUACGAUAUGGAAGAGAUUGGGGGAAUCAAUUAGAGGAAUUUUCAUGGAGUUGGAGAAUUUGAUUCGUCGAGAUCCGGCGAAGGCGGCUGUUCCCAACGGCGGACUUCACCCAAUUACUCGAUAUGUGAUGAACUAUCUCCGUGCCGCGUGUCGGUCAAGGCAGACAUUGGAGCAAGUUUUUGAAGACUAUGGACAUCCCUUGAAGGAUUACCCUAGGGUUGAUGAUAGAAUGCAUUCCUCUUCCUCUAUGUCAGUACAAAUGGAUUGGAUUAUGGAACUAUUAGAGAGUAAUUUGGAAGCUAAGUCCAAAAUUUAUAAGGACCCUGCAUUGUGCUAUGUUUUUUUGAUGAAUAACGGUAGGUACAUUGUUCAGAAGACUAUUGAUAGUGAAUUAGGAGCACUUUUAGGGGAUGAUUGGAUCAAAAAACACACCAUGAAAAUUAGGCUGUACCAUAUGCAGUAUCAAAGAAGUUCAUGGAAUAAGGUGAUUGGGUUUUUGAAGGUGGAGAACAAUGGAACAUUGCAGCCUAAUGGGGUUGCGAAAUCGAUGAAAGAGAAGCUGAAAUCGUUCAAUAUGGGGUUUGAUGAUAUAUGCAGGGUUCAGUCUUUGUGGUUUGUGUAUGAUGAACAGCUUAGGGAAGAAAUAAGAGUUUCCAUUGAGAAAAUUUUGUUGCCAGCUUAUGGUAACUUCAUUGCGAGGUUUCAAAGUGUUCCUGAACUUGGUAAGAAUGGCGAUAAAUAUAUUAAGUAUGGAACAGAGGAUAUCGAAGUGAGACUCAACGAUCUGUUUCAGGGAAGCGGUGGAUCAACUGGUAGCCAAAAGCGAAGCUAAAGCUGUGUGAUUUCAUGUGUAUGUAUUUGUUUUGUAGUUGAAAUACAUAGUUUUGAUUGUCACAAAUAUAGUUGUAAAAGAUGUAUGAGUGAAUGACCUUGUAUACUAAAAAUAUUAUUAUAUGUUUUGCUGCUUACUUAGCAUUAUUAUGCAGAAUUAAAAAGGAUUUUGGUACAGAAUUAACAGUUCGUGCAACAAUGAGGUUGUUUUUAUUGGUCA